CAACUGCCACCAGAGCUUGACUUACCACCCAAGUGGAGGCUCUACGGCAGCUGCCCAGAGCACAGAGUUGGCAUUAGUGCCAAGGCAACAACAGCUGGGGCUCAGAAAAGACCUCGCUGGGCAGGAACCAUGGCUUGGUUACCUCCCUACUGGCUCUGCCUGCUGGGGACCUUGGUAGGGCUCUCAGCCACUCCAGCUUCCAAGAGCUGUCCAGACAGACAUUACUGGACUCGGGGAGGAUUGUGCUGCCAGCUGUGUAAGCCAGGUACUUUCUUUGUAAGUGACUGUAGCCAGAACAGAACAGCUGCCCUGUGUGACCCGUGUAUCCCAGGCGUCUCCUUCUCUCCGGACUACCACACCCGGCCCCACUGUGAGAGCUGCAGGCAUUGUAACUCUGGUCUUCUCAUUCGAAACUGCACAAUUGCUGGCAAUGCUGAGUGCGCCUGCUCCAAGGGCUGGCGGUGCAGGGACCAGGAAUGUACAGAGUGUGACCCUCCUCUAAACCCUGAACUGACCAUACAGCCAUCUGUGGCCCCAGGCCCACAACCACAACCCACCCACUUACCUUAUGCCCAAGAGAUGGCAGAGGCCAGGACGGUCUGGCCUGUAUACACCAGGCAGUUUCCUGCCUCAACUCUCUAUAACCACUGGCCAUCCCAAAGAGCCCUGUGCAGUUCAGACUGUGUCCGAAUCUUCGUGACCUUCUCCGGCAUGUUUCUUGUCUUCAUCCUGUGCGGAAUCCUGUUCUUCCAUCAAAGAAGAAACCGCAGACCAAAUGAAGACAGCCAGGCAGAGCCUGAAGAGCCUUGCCCUUACAGCUGCCCCAGGGAGGAAGAGGGCAGUGCCAUCCCUAUCCAAGAAGACUACCGGAAACCUGAGCCUGCUUCCUACCCUUGAGCCAGCACGGGGUGGGCCCUUUCCACUGAGGCGCCACCCAGGGGACUCUCCCCUACCAUGCUCAUCAGGGCCCUUUCCUGUGUACACUUGACAAACAAGAUUUCUGAGACUGAACAGAAUCCCCAACGUGUUUGGUCCAGCAAGCUUGGGGAGGCCCAGGCUCUGGCUAUAAAACACACAAAAGCACAUGCUGAGGGCAAAAAUGGCCCACCAAGGGCUGGAGAAAUGACUCGGCAGUGAGGGGCAUACAUUGCUGUGUCGGAGGACCAGAGUUUGAUUCCCAGUAUCUCAUAUGGCUCCAAAGCACCUGUAACUCCAGUUUCAGGGGAUCGGAUACCUUUGCCCUCCUCUGGCACACACAAAAGCAGAACAUACACUCACAUAGACACACAUGCACAUGAUUAAAAAUGAAAUUAAAAAAAAUAUUGAAUGGACCACCAACCUAAGCAACGAAGAAGCCCUGGUUUCACCUGCCACAAGAGACACUAUCUGCGACACAAAGACUUCCCACGUUGGUCUCAUCUUCUCUAGAAGCUGUGAGGCUGCUGUGAGCAGAGCAGAGAGCGGGGCUUUCUCUCGGUUUAAGUUAAAACUGUAAAUAAAUUCAUUUUUCUAGUUCACA